GGCUCUUAUAAUCAGUCACCUACAGUCACAGGAAGCCACACACACUACAGCUGUCUACAGGGAGCAGAGAGCGCAGAGCUGCAGUUACACAAGUGCUUGUGGAGAUACACAGUAAAAGGAACACAGUCAUGAGGGUCAGCCUGAAAGCUCUGAUAACAUGUCUGCUAUGGGGCUGUGUACUAACAGCAGAGCCCAAACUAUCUAUCUCUCCACAAAACCCUGGGAACCUCAGCACCAUACCUCCAUCCAUGGCAACCGAUAACGACAAAACAAAUGUUCCUAGUACAACUCCAUCUACAACUACUUCCACCACCAAUAACACUUCCACCCAGGCUGCCAGCACUGAGGAAAAACAGACUCCUGACUCGACAACUCAGGACUCUAGCAUCAAAAAACAAAGCCAGUUCACCAACACAACUACUAUUACCAACAGUACCACCACCGGCACCACCAUCAGCACCAUCAGCACCAUCCCCAGCACCACACAAAGCCAGUCCACCAACACAAGUACUACCACCGACAACAUCAUCCCCAGCUCCACACAAAGCCAGUCCACCAACACAAUCACCACCACCGACAAUGCCACCACCGUCAGCGCCAUCCCCAGCUCCACACAAAGCCAGUCCACCAACACAAGUACUACCACCGACAACAUCAUCCCCAGCUCCACACAAAGCCAGUCCACCAACACAAUCACCACCACCGACAAUGCCACCACCGUCAGCGCCAUCCCCAGCUCCACACAAAGCCAGUCCACCAACACAAUCACCACCACCGACAAUGCCACCACCAUCAGCGCCAUCCCCAGCUCCACACAAAGCCAGUCCACCAACACAAUCACCACCACCAACAGUACCACCACCGUCAGCGCCAUCCCCAGCUCCACACAAAGCCAGUCCACCAACACAAUCACCACCACCAACAAUACCACCACCAACACCACCCUCGGCACUACAAAAACCAUCAGCACCACCCUCAGUAUCACCAGUAGCACCACUUCCAGUGCCAACACCGCCACAGAGGGACAGGACGGACACGAGUCCAAGGCUCUGAGCUCAGGAAGUAUUGCAUCCAUUAUUUGUGUGUUCAUCCUAACUGUCAUCCUAGUGUUAGGUGGGCUGUACUACCACAAGUUCCGAAGAACAUCUUACGGCCCUCUCCUGGAAAGCAACGAACACGAAAAUUUAGGAAACUUCAACAACCCCAUGUAUGACCCUUAAAUCUUAACUUAUGAGCUCCCACUCCAGAAGUUAUCCCCUAAACCCAAAGGCCUCAGUCUGCAGAAAGAGUUGUUCUGAUCAUAGUGUGUUUAUAGCGUGUGCAUAAUGAGUUCAGGACGGUCACAUUUUAUAACUGUGAUAAGCAGCCUGACGACUUGAUUGUGCUUGAUCGCAAAAUGCAAAACAAAUGUUUCUAUUGAUCUAAGUUCAAGUAGCCUCAGGAAAUAGCUUUUCAAACCACUCGGACUGCAUAGACACAGCGCACAAUCAUAUAACCACAACUGAAAGUUCACAGGUUAAAUCACAGUGAAAACAAGCAUCUUCACCACAGGCAUCAGGGAUCUCACAGUCUUUGGAAGGAGAGUUGAUUUUGUGACUUCCACCAGGAUUUUCUUUACAGUAAAGCUAAAAGAAAACAACAGAAUUUGACUUUAAGCAAUUGUAAAAUGAUAGCUUAAGGCAGAAUAGAGUGGCAAUAGAUGAGGAAAACCUGACAAUUGACAGGGCCAUCAAAAUGUGUGAUUUAACGGCUCAAGAUGGUCAUUUAAUCAUGGAUGGUUCUUUUGGACACCUGUUGAGACUUUUUCCAUACUUAAACUAUGAAAUGAGAUUUCUGUCACAAAAAUAGAUAAAUGUUCAGAUUUUUAGGUAACGUUAAUUUAGCCGUCGUUUAAAGCUUAGACAACACUCAUCAAGAAAUGACCUACUUUUAGGAAGGAAGUGGAAACUUGGUGAGGAUGGUGAUGACACAUAACGGUCUGAGUGGUUUUACAUUGAGUGGAGGCCUGGCAGAGUGAAAAUAAGAACAAGAGAAUAGAAAUACAAUUUAUGGAGACAGAAUAACAGGAAGAAAAAGAUGUAAAUAAAACAAUGGCAUCCUAGCACCUCUUUUGUACAAUUUCCUUUGAACCAAUAAUCAAUUUGGGCCAUUUUUGAAAGCGGAAAAAUAAGAACUAGGGCUUGUUUUCACAUAUCUUUACAAGAGAUUUAAGAAAAUGUCGAGGUUUCAUUCAUUCCUUUUCAAAUGAGGCCUGUAAAGGUUUUUUCCAUUCCGUCACGUGCAGCUCUUUCAAAUGAAUAUGAACUGUUUUCAUAUUGCAAUCUCUGCUGGUGCAGAGGCAAAGAGAGACUGGCCUUCAAAAGGAAAGUCUAUGGUUCAAUCUCUGCGUAUUCAUCCUGAAGUCUUGAGCAAAACACUGAAACUCUUCCUGGUCCAUCUGCUGAUCUGCUGCUGAGCCUGACCUUUGACCUCCCUGUGGAGGACCCAAAAAGCACAUUUCUUUACAGCAAUCAUAUCAGAAUGAAGCCGGAGUUCUUAGAAAAUUUACACUGACACUGUUUUUAUUAUUAUUGGAUGUUAAUAGUGUUUCUAACUUUUUGAAUGUUUUAGUGAGAUGUAGCUGUGCUUAGCAGCUCAACAUGGCUGCAUUUCUAAUUGUAACUCCUUCAGUAUUUAAUAUAGUAUUGUUUAUUUGUAUACAGGAGAAGAAUAAUGUGACAGCUGUUGUACUUCUGACACAAUUCUAUUGUGGGAUAUGAUUGUCUUAAAUUGUUGAUGUAAUUAAAGUGAUAACAGAAUAA